GCCACAUCACAGCGCUCUCUUCAUUGCUAAAUAUUCAUAGGCUGAAGGCCAGUGACGUCACAAACACGUAAUCCAGCGACCAAUCCUCGGGGCGCUUUGAGGCCCCGGCCUAUUAGAGACUAGAAGCGCCCAGGCGCAUGCGCAGAAUUGUAAGAUCAGCGGUGGGCGGUACCUCAGCGGUUGAGCCCAACAACAGCUCGGCGGCCAAGAUGGCGGACCUGGGCAAGAAGUACUGCGUCUACUGCCUGGCCGACGUGACAAGCCUGCGUAUCCGCUGCACCGAAUGCCAGGACAUCGAGCUGUGCACGGAGUGUUUCUCGGCGGGGGCAGAGAUUGGUAAUCACCGUCGGUGGCAUGGAUACCAGCUGGUGGACGGCGGUCGCUUUACUCUAUGGGGGCCCGAGGCGGAGGGAGGCUGGACGAGCAGGGAAGAGCAGCUGCUGCUCGAUGCUAUCGAGCAGUUCGGCUUUGGGAACUGGGAGGAUAUGGCUGCCCAUGUGGGUGCAUCCAGGACCCCCCAGGAAGUGAUGGAACACUACGUCAGCAUGUACAUUCAUGGAAACCUUGGCAAGGCAUGCAUCCCAGACAAUAUUCCCAACAGAGUAACCGACCACACGUGUCCUACAGGUGGCCCCCUGUCUCCCAGCCUGACCACUCCAUUACCUCCCUUAGACAUCACUGUGCAGGAGCAGCAGCAGCUGGGGUACAUGCCUCUGCGAGACGACUACGAGAUCGAAUACGAUCAGGACGCUGAAACGCUAAUCAGCGGCCUGUCCGUCAAUUACGACGACGAUGACGUUGAAGUAGAACUUAAAGAAUCUUGCGUGGACAUGUACGUCCGGAAACUGAAAGAGCGGCAAAGGAGGAAGAACAUAGCCCGGGACUAUAACUUGGUACCAGCAUUUUUAGGUAAAGAUAAAAAAGACAAAGAAAAGCCCGCCAAGCGGAAAAUCUCAAAAGAGGAGAAGGAGCUGCGAUUAAAAUUAAGGCCCCUCUAUCAGUUCAUGUCCAGUAAGGAAAUUGAGGACUUCUUUGAGAACAUGCACAAAGAACGAAUGUUGAGGACAAAGCUUCGAGAACUUCAGAGGUACCGGCGAAACGGCAUCACCAAGAUGGAAGAGUCCGCCGAGUACGAAGCUGCCCGUCACAAACGGGAAAAACGGAAAGAGAACAAGAACACCGCGGGCUCCAAAAGAGGAAGGGAAGACGGUAAGGAGGGAGAGUUUGCUGCCAUCGAAAACCUUCAAGGUUUUGAGAUGUUAUCGGACAGGGAGAAGGUUCUUUGCAGCUCCUUGAACUUGAGCCCCACUCGUUACUUGACUGUCAAAACCAUUAUCAUUAAGGACCACCUUCAGAAAAGACAGGGAAUCCCAUCAAAGAGCCGUCUUCCCAGUUACUUAGAUAAAGUCCUAAAGAAAAGGAUUUUAAAUUUCUUGACGGAGAGUGGCUGGAUAUCCAGGGACGCCUCGUGAUGCUGUGUCUCCAAAUGUUGUUGUUUUUUUUUAUAAAAAAAAUAAUCUAUAAUAUAUAUAUAAAAGGACUUGUACAGAGACUGAAGCUUUACUAUACUUGUAUAUAUUUUUAAAUACACAUUGUUUUAUUCGUAUGGUUAUGUAUUUUUCACAUCGUGCAUUAGAAGGAAAGCUGCCGUUCUCUUCCCGUUGCUAAAGAGGUGCUACCUAAUUUAUGAAAACGGCAAAACGGAACUAAAUGGGACACGUGGGGAAUAUAAAUGUGAGGAUCAACAUGCCAAGUACUAGUUAUAGUAGGGUUUACUUUUAUUUAUUGCAACCUUUGCUGUGCAGGAGUGGGAGAGGACAGCAAAUGGAGCGUUAUAUAGUAGAGCUUAUUGCGGAGCGCAAAACAUACGGUCGUGUGCAUGAGCCAAACUCCCUAUUGCUGCAGGGGUUGAACUCAAGCGCACCCCAUGGUGGGACAACUCAUCGCUCCUUUUGCUCGCCCUCGCCAUGAUGUUGCCACCUAACGCUGAAUGACAUCCACGUUGUGACACUGGUAGGGUAUGGCCACACGGGCAGGAUUAUCCGCUGUAGAUUUCACCCUGUGCGUUGCAAAGGGUGCAAUCUGCAGCAUAAAUGAACACACUGCCAAUUUUCUUUUUAACGCAGUAUGCGGAUGUGAUAAUUCUUUAUUUUUUUUUGUUAAUCUCACCCACUUUGCUGCUGCUGUAAAAUGCGGCAGAUUUUCCACAUGCAAUUCCACUGUAAAAAAAAAUCUGCAGCCUUUAUCUGUACACGGGGGUGCACCAGCUAUGUGGCUUUUUGUAUAAGGCACC